AUGACCUUAACGGAUCUAGAAGAAGAAACCAUCAAUGAGCUUGCUGCGUCUUUUGAAAAAAUCCAAGUGACUACUCUGUUUGAGCCUGGGGUUUACAAAGACGACAAUGAUAUCGUGUUCCAAAACACAAAUUCUCAAUUGAAAACCCAUUCCUUGACUCUAGACAAAGGAAAAGCUCGAGAACUCAGCCCUUUUGUCCUCGAGUCGAUGUCGCUUUUCCCCGAGUGGUACUACUACUUUAAACGGAACUUCAUGAAACUAUCCACCUUAGCCAAUCUUUAUUGUGUACUUGAUUUUGGCGAGUUUAAAAGUCGAUCAGGACUUGCAAGCCUUCUGAAUUCCUACUUCAAUUUGUACCAAGAUGCAUUCUCGGCAGUAGUUCACUUUCAUAUCGACAAGUUUUUAAGUGAGGAAGAGACAAAGAUGGAGCUCUCACGGUAUGCGAUUGAAAACGAAAUGUGGGACAAGCUCCGAGGUCUUCCAGAUGACUUGAGGUUGCAAUACCGUCGGGAAUAUCUUUGCUUCCUCAUGGCCAGAGGUGAUUGCAUUCCUCUAUGUCACCAUCUUAUUGCCUAUGGCUACACCACUCAAAAGUUAUGGGAUUACAUCUUUGGUUACCUCGAACUUCUUCUUGAAAAGAGCGAGAUGCGACAGGUGCUUAAAUUGCAGCUGGAAUACAUUUCCACUGAUCCUCUCGCAAAGGCACCGGAGCUCUUUCUGUUUUUGAAAGAAAAGGGAUACAUCAUGGAAGUUCCUGGAAAAUCCUCUCUCAAAAGACCACCACCACGUGGAUCUUUCGUCCUAACCAGAGGACCCAUAGGCUUAGAGCCUUUGAAAAGUGAUUUUGUCACUGUACACAGAAACCGGGCAAAAAUGGGGCCUCCGGAAGGAUAUACUGAUCGUGGUCCAACUCCUUCUCUUGGAAUGGAUUCUUUACGUCUUAUGCUUGCAUAUGCUGCCAGUAAUAAGAUGCUUUUGCGCCAGUUACAAAUCGACGCUGCUUAUUUAAGUGGAGAUGGAAUGGAGGGCACUAUUGAUUCGAAGAAACGACUCAUUUUCCGCCUCGAUAAGACUUUUUAUGGCACGAAGAUGGCAUUUUACAUUUGGUACGACACAAUCUCAUCCGGUCUAAAGCUCCAUGGUUUUGAGCAGAAAUAUCGUGACCAAUGUCUCUUCACCCGAGGAGAAGGGUCGAAUAUGGUGAUUGUUGGUUUGCACUUUCAAAACUUGAUUGUUAUUGUGAAAGACAUGGCCUCAUUUGAAAGUCUCAUGCUCUCUCUCUUUAACAGUUUUGAGGUUAAGGAUUUGGGAAGGCCGUCCACGUUACUCCGUAUGAACUUGGAGUUUGAAAACGACCAGGUCAAGAUAACCAUGAAAGACCGCAUCCAACAGCUAGCGAAAGAGGUGAUUCGACCAGAGGAAGAACCUUACAAAAGUUUAUUCGAACCAGAGAAGAAGGAAAGCCUUGAAAAAUCGUGUCCUACAACGCCAUAUGUUUCUCUAGUACGCAAGUUGCACCAUAUUUCGAAAAUGGUUCGUUUUGAUGUGUCAUUUAUUAUAGCCGCAUUGUGGAGACAUGUGUCUUUUCCUAAAUUCAAGCAUCUUCAUGCGGCCUUCCAGGUGGUGCGAUACCUCGAGAAAACAGCAGAUUUCGGUCUCGUGUAUGGCCCGGACCGGCUGUCUAACCUCUAUGCUUAUAGCAACUCUCGUGUCGCAAGCACAAACUCGGAUAAUCGCUACUUGACUUCCUCUAUAUUGCAAUAUGGCGGUUCUCCGAUAAGCUGGAAGACCAAUCUCCAGAGCUCGCGGACAUUUACCGACACAGAAGCAGAAAUUAUGGCCUUAUCUCUCGUAUACGAAGAGGUAGAAGGGAUUGCUGAAGCCAUUCAAAAAUGGCCAAUCGAUGUUGCGUACCAUAUUUUCACGAGUAACGCAGAAGCAAAUAGCGCAGUCAAAAGCAGUACAGCCUUUGAAGGACGGAAACGUUUUGCAGAGAAGGUGGAUUACAUUCGCAAAGUGGCCAGUCUGCCAGACUUCAGUCAGGAGCUCAUUGAUGAUACGGAUAAUUUGGCUCGAGUUCUUACCCAGACACUUGAGGAGGACGAGUCUACUCGACUCUGCGAAAAGAUUACUGGCAAAGAACCCAUGGAAUGGUAUGGUUCCGUUGACGUGAGUUUUCAUGAAUGUAAAUUGGAACCGAAGUCGGAAGUGGAUUCCACACCUAAAGCAACACCAGAGGCCAAAGAGUUUGAUGCAGCGGAUGAGAUUCUAGUGCCAGAAUUCAAGCUUCCAGGCUCCUUCCCAGACUGGGAUGUAGAGUCGUAUCCAGACACACCAAUGGCCACUGAUGAUUCUGACGCCAAUCUUUUGGAGUGA